GGCGGGAAUUUUUUCUGAAUCAAAAUGGCAGACAAUACAAAGUCUACAAACCAUUCAAAUAAUAAAAAUGUCAAAUCGUUGGCAAAUUCGUCCACUGUGUUGAUAUCUGACAAUGUAAUAUCCCUAAAUGUGGAGGAUCAGUAUGAUUUACGUUGGCCAACUUCACAAGAGCGAGAUUUCACUCAAAUUAUUACUGAAGAUACAGCAACAAAGUCAAACAUUAAUAAUUGCGAUGCCGAUGGAAGGCAAGAAAAAGAAUUAAAACAAUGUCCAGAGGUAAUAAUAUCUCAUAUUCUCUUGUAUCCAUGUGAACUUCAUUACAAAACUAUUUUGAAUUGAUCUGACAGUCUCUUUAUCAGAAUAGAUGUGUUAUGAAUUUUGUAUCAUUAUUUAAAUGAUAUGAAUUGCAAUCUUUUGUAUAAUUGUAUAAAUUCACAUGCCAACAACUUAGACAUGGGCGUACCGGAAGGAAAAAAUUAGGGGGGCGGCAAGAAAAUUGCCCGACUUUUCGAGAUUCUGCCCGACUUUUCGGGAUUCUGCCCGACUAGGACCAAAAAAAUUUUUCCGGAAAAAUUAUUUUGGCGACCUUCCCCCCCCCCGUCGCCAAAAAAAUUUCGGUCAGUGUACCAUUUUAGGGGUCAAAAAAAUUUUCCGGACAAACAAUUUUUCCGGAGCAUAACAUAAAUUUUCGAAAAAAACAAAAUUUGCCAAAAAUUUGAAUUAAUUUUAGACAAAAUUUACAGAAUUUGACCCAUUUUUUUUUAUUGCAAACCAAAAUUGCCCGACUGUUCAUCGAAUAUUGCCCGACUGCCCAAAAAACUGGGGGGGCUGCCGCCCCCCCCGCCCCCCCGCCCGGUACGCCUAUGAACUUAGAUGUAAAGCAGGCAAGGGGGAUAUUAAUUAGAUCAUUUCCCUGAUCUAACCAAGACAAUUCCUCUCCUUCCCCCCUUUUUCUUUAUUUUGCCAAAGUGCUCCCAGUCCUUUAAGGCUCGUUUUCAUUUAUCAGUGUCACUUGCCAAUGUUGAUUCUGUAAUUCCGCCUACUGUUAAUUCAUUGGCGACUGUCGCAAUAAAUCAGAAAAUUUUUUUGUUGCAACAGUUGGCAGUAGUCGCAGACACUACGAUAAUAAAAUAAAUGAAAAAAGUAGGAAUGUUCCAGUAUCGGUUACUGUACCAGAAAGAUUAUACCAGUUGGAUUUGAAUGUUGCAUUGAAAAAUGCAACACUAGGUUCUCUGGUAGGAAUCGAACCUGUCGCCCUGCGAUUCUGGUGCAGCGCUCAACCAACUGAGCUACAGACUGAGGCCAGUUGUCGAGCUGUAACUGCAGGUCUUAAAUUGUGUAUAUUACCACUAAACCCAACAAACGUGACUCUUCAUUCCUUCAAGAAUCUCAAAACUUGUUUUCUUUUCAACAUGAGAUGAUUGGUCUUUACUUGCCUGGUAAACAGACUAUCUUCCCAGGACUUCCAUUAACUGCAUUCACUCUGUACUGGAUUAAUUUAUUUUAUUAGAUGAAGAAGAUGCAACAAAAGAAGAGCUGUAAUUCCGAGGAAAAUAAAAUAUGUUGUAACAAUCACAGCAACAAAUCUAGUAGUUUUCUUGGACAUAAGCCAAAGAUGAAACAUAGAAAAUUGACAUCAUUGGAGUCUGUAGCACCUGCUGAUUCUAAUGGAUUACAAAAAAUAAGUAAAGUGCAUAAUCUUCAGUUAGCUAUUAAUACUUCUAAAAGUUGGCUAAGGCUUGUGUGGGCUACCAUAUAUGGUAUCGCUUUAUGUAUACUCGCUCUUCUUACAGUUGACAACUUCAGAUUUCUGCUCACUGUAUGCUGUCAAAUAUUUCCAUUGUACAAUUGGUUUUGCAUCUCUCACAGUGAAUUAAUCCACAGUAUAUAAAUUAUAAUGUACUGAAACAAUUGGUCAAAACUGAGCAGAGUACAAUGUAUAGACCCAUUGCACUGACGUCACAAAUCCUUUGAGUGUCCUCCAGAUGCUCCCUAACAAUAUCUGUUCGGAUACAACAACCACAUACAGCGCAAAAAUUAACCAUUUUAAUACAAAAUUAUUAUAAAAUUUUAAAAAAUUUGCUUUGUUUACAAAAGUUAUAUUAUAAAUAGAUUGCUAAUUUGUCCUCCAGAUGCGUCGUCACCGGCACUGUGAGUACGUCAUGUGCAAUGGGUCUAUACUGAUACUAUCUUAAAAAGAACAAAACAAUAGACACUCCAAAAAUAGUUAACAUCUUAUUCAACGUUUCGACUAGGUUUAAGUCAUCAGGAAUGACGCUAUUGACAAAUACUGAGAUAUAUAUUUACAAGUUAAGUCGAUCAAAUUACGCGCUAAUUAAAUAUCACAAGUUCCUUAGAGGCUUUAGUUCCGUGAUUAAGUUGAUGAGUCCUGAUGUACGACAAUUGACAGCCAGGACAGCUAAUUUGGAGACAACACUACUUUGCAGUUCUUUAUCCGUUCAGUCUUUUAGGCUAAGAUACAGUAGGUGUUGCUACUCAUUGUGUCAUAGGUCGUGAUAAAUAUCUAUGACAAUAUGUAUAUAUAAAUAUCUAUGACACUAUCUUCAAUAUGGCAUUUUGUUUGUGCACACUGGUGCCCAAUUCAUGUACAACAUGUGAGAUUUACCAUAUUCGAAUAUUUCUUAGAUCAUUGGAAUGUUUUCUCAGAUGAAAUCAUUCUUGGAAUAUUUUCUUUCCUUGCCAAGAAGAAUCUUUGUGUUUGUGCCAAAGUUUGUAAAAAAUGGCGAAGUCUAGCGUAAGUGGUUCUAUUUUUAAACAAAAAGCUGUAACAUAUAGGUUCAAAUGUGCAUCACCCUUAAUAUUAGUGAGCUUCAGAUUUGGAUUCAAAUCUCAACCUCUCUAUUAUUUCUGAACCAGUUUCAGCUCAAAUAUUGAAAUAUAGUGUCCUCCCUGGUGUGCCCCCACACACAUGUUCUCUUGUAUGUGCAGUAAACAGUAAGGACCUACUGUAGUUGGGUUUCAAGCAAUCCCACACGACUUUGACACAAAGUUUAAUAGAUUAGUGCCAGAUUAAGAUUAUAGAUUAGGGUUAGAUUAAGCUUAUAUUAGGGUUAGAGGUUAGAGUUGGGGUUGGAUUAGGGUUAGGUUCAUCUAUCCCAAUAACUUUUUAUAUUGCAUACAAUGAAUCGGUUUACAAUUACGUUGGAUUAUUGGUUACAACGUGCGGAACGGCUGGUUGAAGUGUCCUUCAUGUGCACUGGACUGGAGCAUUAUGAACGCUACCUACAAGUCUUUUCUAAACUAGUUCUAAUUGAUUCAAAAAAUAUCAAGUGCCUUGACGAGACUAUACUGAUCCGUGAAAUAUUAAUAAACGAGGAAGCGUUUCCGGCAUCUAAAAUAUCGAAAAGUAUGUUGAAAAACGUCAAGCCACAUACUUUGAGAUGUUUUAUACGCCGGUAAUCAACAGAUUUCGAGUUUGUUGAAGGAGUUUGUAGAUGGAAUUUCGAAAUGGCGAAUGUACUGUAGAUGCCCCAAAUCCUGAUAUUUUCGAGUUUGUUAUAUAUUAGUUAUUCCUUCUCAAACAGACUCGUUGAUUAUGGGCAUUUUUUACCGUGCGCAUUUUUUACGGUGCUGGUUCAUUUACGUUUUGAUCAUGAACUUGAUUAAUGAGUUCGAGAACUAUAGUUUUACAGAAUUAUGACUCUAAGUAUAAACGAAGAAAUAAUUUUUAUCGUCUACAUUAUCUUCAGUUCGCGGAGGUACAUUGUACUCUGAAAGUGAAAGCAGGGGCCGAUUGUAUAAAAAAGUGAUUAAAGUUAACUACAGUUAGUGGAAACGUCAUCCAAUAAAAAGCGCGUAUUUGAGAGUUAAUCACUAUUUAACUACAAAAUAGUGAUUAAAAAAGUGAUUAAGAGUUUUAUACAACGGCCCCUGGUUAUUUCAGCAGCGAACGAAAAAGAGUUAACUACUUUUUAACUGCAGUUAGCGCUAACUACAUUUUUAUACAACCGGCCCCAGGAUUUUCGCUGAAUUUCGCUUUCAAUUUUUCUCUUUCUGAUUGCUGCGAUCUAUUGAAUUAUAGACCAACGUGAUAUGCCUUUGGAAGUCCGAUUCGCAGAAAUCGCCCAUAAAAAAUUGCCGGAAAAAAUAGUUAGUUGUGAAGAGGCUUAAUUAAUACUCUGACGUCAGCCAAAGUAAAAAAGUAGCAUGAAUGAAUGGCGAUAAAUUGUAACAAUGUGAAUUAUAAGCCCCAUAACAGACAAGGAACUCGAACACCAAGGAAAAUUUAGUCUUCUGUUAUUCCGGAGCAUUUAAUCGAGUUUUGGAGCUGAAUCAGUGGCAGGUACUUGAUGAUGAAAUAUUUGGGCGUGAGGGUUUCGUUGUCCACUGGAUUGCUUGUUGCAAAUUUUAGUUCUCAAACCAUUUCUCGACUCACAAAGUGCUCACAAUAAAUACAGCAGCUAUAUACUUUGCUUUUUAAUGAAAAGGAUAUUAAGUGAUCAUUGAGGAAGACAUGUGAUUGCACUAAGGGCGCUUUCCAUGAACAGUCAGAACGGUCAAAUUGUUGAAUGACACACAAAAUUUGGGCUUCGGACCGAUCAGACCAGAACAUUUGGACUAAAUUGAAGGAGGAUCAUUUUCUCUAGAUGUUCGAGAAACCUGGGCCAGAUCUUUCCAUUACAGACAAAAAUUCUGGUCUAAUUGGUCUGGCCAUCAAGUGGAAAGGCCCAUAGUUACAGUAUCUGCAUGGUUAAUUAGAGACUUUAAAUAGAAUAUUUAUGCUAACGUCAUAUAACAGCUAUAACUAACACAAUUAUAUAAUAACCUUGAAAAACGGAAACAAUAUAGUGUUUUAUGUAAAAUAAUGAAAUUUCAAUCUGAUCGCAUCGUUUUGGAAUAAACAGUCCGUAACUGGUGACGUGACUAUAAGAAAUUUUUACUUAUGCCCUUCUUUACUUAGAAGCUAAUAUUUGCACUUAAACAGAAGGGACGUAUCAAGAUAUGCUCAUAUAUUGUAAAUGCCAAGUUUUAACAGGAAUGAAUAACAUUUAGGAUAAGCCAACUGAAUUCAGUUUUUCUCCAAUUUGAGGGCAACAUUUCUCCAAUCCCCCAAAUUGGAGAUCAAAAACUAAAUCUAGUUUGCUGACGCCAAAUGUUAUUCAUUCCUGAUGAAACUUGGCAUGUGCAAUAAUUAUAUACAUGCAUGUUUCUUUAUAUGUUCCUAACUCAGUGCAAAUGUUUGCUUCUAAAAUACAUUUUGGGCGGCGUAAAUAAAAUUUCUUGUGGUCACGUUAUUUAUAUACUAAAAGAUGUUGCGCUUUACUUACAAAAUUUCCAAAUAUUUUUACUUAAGACACUACGUUUUGUUUGUUUGUUUGUAUGGUUAUUACUCCAUACGUGCUAUAAUUCUGGUACGUAGUUUAUGACGUCAUCAUUAAAGAGGUCUAUAGAUGUCUUAGGGUCACCCGUUAAGGUUAGGAUUAUGGUUAGGAAUCAAUUAUUGAAUUAUAAUAGCGAGACAUGAAUCUAUAACCUUUAAUAAAUGUUGGGGCCCGCCACUGAGGUAAAUAUCUUCACUAUUCCAAGAAAUACAUAAGUUCAACCAGUACGGUAACUUAUAUAUAAAUUGUAACUUGUUCUUUCAUAACAUACUUAAUUAUAUAGGUGUGAUAAAAGUUUAUGGCAGUCGUUGGAUUUAACUGGAUUGACAUUAAGAGAGGAUGUUCUCCAACAUUUGUUCAUGCGAGGUGUUGUAGUGAUGAGAUUAGCUUGGCUUGAGGUACUUAUUAAUAUGCUAAUAGAAACAAAACCUAAUUCUUUUACAGAUUUGUAUAUAUAGCAUCUCAACUAAAGUUACAGUAUGUCGUACUCACGCACUGGACAAUUUUUGUUGUUAACUGUGUUAAUAUUGUUAUAUUAAUAUUAAUAUUAAUAUUGUUAUAUUAAUAUUGUUAUAUUAACAAUUGUCAGACAACGACGUUUCCUUCAAUGUAUGCCCGACAUGACUAUACAUGGUCCUGUGAUUGUACAGUUCCUGUACAUUUUAACUUUAUACCAUUGGAAUUUUCAGGUCCUUUCAUUACAGAAAUCUGAAAAAUAUAGCGAAAACAGCACUGAAUGGUUUGUGAACAACAUGUUCUUCUGAUUCAAAAUACUGUCUGUAUGAGAAACCUAUAUUUUAUACUACUGAAUUACUUUAUGUAUUGAUUUAACAAUCAGAAAGUAAAAUAUUUGGGGUUUUUGUUUUAGGGAUCAGCAUGAACCGUAUGAUGUUCAAUAUUUGGACGCCUCUUCAAGCUCAAUUAAAGAAAAUGUUUUGUUACGGUUGUUAUCGGUAAGUAUAAGUU